ACUUCACGGACGGUGGGAGUUUCUGGUACCGGCCGUCAGCGGGCAGCAGAGCAGAGGAGGGAGCAGCAGCAGCAGCAGUGUGUGUGUUUACACAGACGGCAGAGCGCCUGGGGAAUGGUCGGGGAGAGGAAGUGAGCCGGCUCUGUGUCUGCUGCUCCAACUUCCUGCUCAGAAAGAGAAAAAGUCCAGGAUCCGAUUUCAGUCCAGCUCAGUCGUGUCGAGCCACAGCAAGCAUGGAAAAACACGGUCCGGCAGAACCGUAGAACUUCCACGCAGAGAGAACAACGUCGCAGGUAUGGACAGCGCCAUCACCCUGUGGCAGUUUCUGCUGCAGCUGCUGCUGGACCAGAGUCACAAACACCUGAUCUGCUGGACGUCCACGGACGGCGAGUUCAAGCUCCUGAAGUCGGAGGAAGUGGCAAAGCUGUGGGGGCUGCGCAAGAACAAGACCAACAUGAACUACGACAAGCUGAGCCGAGCGCUGCGCUACUACUACGACAAGAACAUCAUCAAGAAGGUGAUUGGACAGAAGUUUGUCUACAAGUUUGUGUCCUUCCCUGAGAUCCUGAAGAUGGACCCCCAGACCGUGGAGAUGGCUCUGGCCUCGGGCAGGUUUCCCCCGCCGGAGGAGGAGGCCCCCGAGCUGGAGGUGGAGGAGGAGGAAGAGGAGGAGGAGACAGAGGAGGAGGAGGAGGCGCAGAGGAGGUCGCUGGCUGCUCUGGAGGCUCAGCAGUGUCGGAAUGACUACCUGCGCUCCGGCCUCUACUCCUCCUUCAGCAUCAGCUCCCUGCACACUCAGUCCAAGCUGCUGCGGGCUCUCAGGGAGCGGCAGGAGGAAUCGCGCUCCGUCAUCCGCUUCGGCGCCAACGAGAGGAGUGCAUCGCCCGCCGCUCUGGAGUCAUACGCCAGGCCGGCCAACCUCCCACCUCACUCCCCGACGCCCCCUCAGUCCCAGCCCAGCCAGAGCUGGAGUCCUGCAGUCAAAGAGGAGCAGGAGCAGGAGGAGGACUCUGACCAGAGCGCCCAGCCCCUCAACCUUUCCUCCGGACACCGGGAGCGAGCCCUGCACCCCCCUGAGAAGAGGAGCAGCAGCAGCAGUGGGCGCAGCAGCUCCACUAGUAGUAACCACGGAGAUGGACUCCCACCUAAAAGCAAAAAGCCUAAAGGGCUGGAGAUCUCAGCGCCGUCCCUGCUGCUGGCAGGAAGUGACAUCGGCUCCAUCGCCCUCAACAGCCCCGCACUGCCGUCUGGCUCGCUCACUCCAGCGUUCUUCACUGCACAGACGCCCUCCGGUCUGCUGCUGGCCCACAGUCCGCUCCUGUCAGGAAUCCACUUCUGGAGCAGCCUCAGCCCCGUGGCCCCGCUCAGCCCGGCCCGGCUGCAGGGCCACAGCUCCCUCUUCCAGUUCCCCAGCAUUAUCAACGGACACAUGCCUGUCCCCCUGCCAAACCUGGAAGGAAGCCCCUCCUCCCUGCUCCUGUCCCCCACCAGCCACAAAUCCUGAUCCUGGUCUGUGGACCGUCUCCAUGCAUCUCAUGUUGACAUGUUUCAUCAGCGGCGUCCUCAGCAACAGUAUGUGACCUCACUUGUUUUGCACUUGAGUUGCUGCGCGUUCCGCUGGUUGAAAGCACUUGGUGGAAGAGAAAUUAAAAAAAAAAAAAAAAAAAAGAAGAUGAAGCCAUGACGCUACGCCGUCUCUGAGACGACGUGGUCUUUUUGUGACAAACUUACAGCACAUUUCUACUCCGUCUGUCCAGGAUGGGCAGCGGCGACCUGUGGCCGGCCUCUUAUUCCUGCCGGCCGCACAUCUGAGCUUUGUUGUUGUUGUUGUAAUCUCUCUUUUCUACCGUGUUAGCAGCUACAUUCACCUGGACAGGUGCGCCAUCACCACAGGAGUAUGGCGGCUUCACAGCUUUUUCGUUGACUUGGGUCAAACUCAUCACUUGUGGUUAGCAAAGACGGGAAAACCGUCACACUCAUGUGGCGUUCGCUGAGCGGGAGGAUAAAAAAUUGCCUCAAAAGAAUCCCAUCGUUGCACUGAGGACAUCACCAUGGCAACACCAUAUUGAAAUUCCACAACUGCCUUGCUGUACCUUCAUUUCGCCAACUUGAUGGCAGUGAAAUAAGGAAAUACAAGUGGUGGAAGGGUUUCUGAACCCUGCCUUUCCUUCUGCAUCAGUAACAAUAACUAGAAAUAUCUGUGUCCCAGUAGUGUUGCUGUAGUGGCGUCAUGAGUAGAAGAGAUUAAAGUUAUAGUAGCCUUCGUCAUGUUUAAAUAUUUGAUCCAUUUUCUGGAUGGACCAUUACAUUAUGAUCCCUUGUUUAUUUACGUCUGCUGCUGGUGGUCGUAAUGUUAUGGCUAAUGUGAUAAAGGAAAUUGAAAUUGAUCUUGUGAAAGAAACAGGUUAUGAACCAAGAACCUUAAAGAAAUGUAAAGGUGGCUGCAAAAUGCGUAUUUAAUGUAGAAAAAUAUUGCAUUGCGCUUUAGUCUUCACUUGUACUGGACAUGAACUUCUCCGACCUGUCCCACCCGCCGCAGCACCACAGGGAGCUGCAGGAGGUUAAACCGACAUGACAGGCCUCUCACUGCUGCGAUCGUGACGGCCCCCUGUCCAUGUGAACGCCGCCUCUGCAUAUACUUCUAUGCACUAUGCUUCUCUGAUAGUACCGGCUGUGCCUUGUUGUUCUGUUCUGUUUCUCAAAAAUAUUUUUAAUGAAGACAAGAUUUCAGAUUGAUGAAAAAACUUAAACAUGUGUAAUGUUCUCUUUUUUUAUACUGGACGCGGUCUACAGUUUGUAUUCUGUAUCUUUUGUAUUGUGAAUGUCAUUUUCAAUAAAAGCAUUGAAUGCUCAACAGAAGAGUCGAGAGCUGGUGUGGUUCAACUUUUCUUUUACUCUGGAAAAAGAAACGGUUUGGGAGGAUCUCUGCACUCAAGUCCCACAACGAUAACAAUUAUCCACAAAUGAAGUUAAAGAAUAUGAUACAAAAGUAACACUGUUAGACUCAGUUUCACGAAGGGCGGGACGAGAGCGCCCUGGCGCAGGAGACGGGCGGCGGCGGCGGCGGUUUCCUCGCACAACAUGGCGGCCAUGCAACACGACGCAGGCGGUCCUAAAGUAAGGGGUCAGUUUGUACAGUGGACGGAGACGAGGAUCCAGACUGGGGCAGCUCUUUCUUCGUAACAGACAGGAAGUGGUGAAAACAAAUGAUGAUCAGAAUCCGAUGGUCUGUGUGUCCUUCAUCACGGUAAAAUAAGAAAGGAAGAUUAGCUUUGUGACUUCUUCCUUUGUGAAAACUGCAGCGUCAAAGUCCCAAAAACUCGGUGACACCAUUCAGAAAAUCCUUCUCUGGGUUUGUUAAAACGGAACUGUG